CCCACCCUGGCCGGUUUCCAGCCCUAAUCCCCCCUCGCAUGCCCUGAGACAUACCCGCCUCGAUACCAAGUCAACAUGCAAUACCUCUUCACCCUCCUUCUCUCUCUCUCCCUCCUUUCGUCGGUUUUUGCCGCCUCCGCCGACGACUGGAGAAAACGCUCAAUAUACCAGGUCAUCAUCGACCGCUAUGCACUCCCCAAAGGAGCCGACCUCACCAAGUGUGAUCCCGCCCAACAAGCCUUCUGUGGCGGAACCUGGAACACCCUCAAGGACAACUUGGACUACAUCCAGGACGCAGGGUUCACUGCUGUCUGGAUUAGUCCGGUGUCCCAGAACUACGAGGGCCCCCGCACGCCUUACGGCGACCCCUACCACGGCUACUGGAUUGCCGACGCUUCCCAGCUCAACUCGCGCUUCGGCUCUGCAGACGACCUCAAGGCACUGUCCGAUGAGCUGCACCGCCGUGGCAUGUAUCUGAUGGUCGACGUCGUUGUCAACAAUGUUAUGGGACUCAAGACGGAUCUUUCGGACCUGUCGACUUAUAUGUUCAAAGACAAGUCGCAGUACCAUCCGUACUGUCCAAUCCAGUGGGGGAACACGACCAGCGAACAGAACUGCUGGCUAGGCGACACCAACGUUACCCUCCCCGACGUGAACACCCAGGACCCAUCCGUCGUUUCGGCGUACACCUCGUGGAUUCAGGCUCUUGUAAAGGAGUUCAACAUCGACGGCCUGCGUAUCGACGCGGCGAAACACGUAAACAUCGACUUCUGGCCGCAAUUCUGCGGAGCUGCAGGCGUGUACUGUAUCGGCGAGGUGUUCGACGCUGAUGCCGGUCAGGCGCUGCAAUACCAGGGACCGCAGGCCCUCGAUGCUAUCCUCAACUACCCCAUGUACAACGCCCUUGUGUCGGCAUUCGCCAUCCCUGGGGCGCAGAACAUGAGCGCGCUCACCGACAUGGUCUCUCAGAUCAAGAGCAAGUCCAAGGACCCCACGUUGCUCGGUAACUUCCUUGAGGACCAGGAUGUCCCUCGCUGGGCGAGUAUCUCCGUUGACCCGCAGAGCAUGUGGAACGCGAUGACCUUCAAUUUCAUGUCUGAUGGCAUUCCCAUAGUCUACUACGGACAGGAGCAAGGUUUCAAUGGUAACGCGGAUCCUUACAACCGCGAGCCGCUGUGGCCGUCCGGCUACGCCAACACCUCCAGCUAUCAGCUCAUCCAGAAGCUCAACCAGCUCCGGAACUUCAUGAUCAACACUACUUCGGACUGGGUCACCACUCCGAUGCAGGUGCUCAACGAGACGCCGCAAGGCAUCGUGAUUAGCAAGGGCCCCGUGAUCACCGCGCUGACGAACAUCGGGUCUCCUCCCGCGAACGUCACCUUGUCCGCAAAGUCGGGAAUAGGGGAGAGCGUCGCCACCACCGACAUCUUGACGUGCACUCAGUACGCCACGGGCAGCGGUGGCACCCUCGACUUCAACUACAACAAGGGCGGCCAACCCGUCAUCGUCGUUCCCGACAGUGUGCUCGUGGGCUCUGGGAUCUGCGGUCACACGCUCGUCAAGACAUCGACGGGCUCGCAAGCGGGCACUAGCGACAACGGCGCACAAGGGCAUCUAUCGACAGCUACGGCGUCGAUCGUUUCCGCCGCGGCGGGCGUCCUCCUGAGCCUAUGGACUUCGGUUCUGUGAUGCACCAGUCGUCGGGUCCCCUGUCUUGGACAGUAGUCAAGUAAGCAUCCCACGAGCCUCGACGUCCUGCGCAGGUGCUGCCUUUCGUUUGUCUGGGUUCGUGUUUUCCUUUCUUUUCUUGGGCUGCCGCACCGUGGUGUUGCCGGUGCGACGUAUCGUUCAGUAAUUCGCGUCGCGGGGCAUUUCCGUUUCGCUUCUUGAGCCGCUCGCUCGCCCCCCCUCGGCGCUCGCUUUCGACGACUUCAGUUCGGUCCUUACGUGUUUCCCCGGCUUGGCAAGUUUGUGUCUGUACCUUCGUAUAGUUAGCUGUAGUUUGCGGUCGGUGUAGUUGGGGGUAAUGUACGAGUAUCGGAUCAUGGAAACACACAGCUUCUCAAGCG